AAAAGUAUACUCUAUUCUUGUAACUUCAACUCUCUUUCCAGAAGGCGAUUGCAGAGACAACAAUCACUGCAACACAUAGAGUAACAAAGAGAGACAGAGACAGAGAAAGAAAGAGAAACAACAGACAGAGAGAAGAAUUUGUUCAUUUGUUAAGGAUGCUUUGGUUUUGAAAUCCCACAGAAGCGAAAACGAUAUCUGAGAGCUGCCUUUGCAAUCUUUAUUUCCGACCUGCACCUCCAUGAGAGGAGCAGCCAAUUACAGCGAAAGAAGGAGGUGGGUUAAUUUACGGCGAUGGUGGAGGAGAAAGAGAUGAUUAGAUGAGAUGGUCAUACACUUUAACAAAUCUAAGGCCGUCCAUAAUCCAAUUCAGCUCCCAAAAAAGUCCAUUUCUUUGGAUAAUUCUAUGUCUCAAGAUUAUCAUCACCAAGGUCUUUUUAGUUUCUCGAGUGUAUUCGAGAAACCUCAAAACGAACAACAACAACACAUCGCUCACCAGAUCCGACAGGAAAAAUUAAGAGUAGAAGGGUUCAAUCCGCCACCGCCCUUGGUGGCUAUUGAAGAAGAACAAUCAAGUGGACUUCAAGUUUAUGGGACCGCUGGAAUGUUGUCUGAAAUGUUCAAUUUCCCUCCCGGAACAACCACAGCCACGGCAACUGAGUUGCUUCAAAAUCAAUUAACUCAAUGUUAUAGACACCCGAAUCAACGGCCACAGCAGCAGCUACCUUGGACAACCAACCUAGGAAGUGAGUGGUUCAGUAACCGACAAGGGAUGGUAGUUGGUGGAAGUUUGCAGGUACUAAGUGAAUCAAUUGAUAAUUUGAAGGAACUGAAUGACCGUAAUAAUAUAACUGCUCAUUAUCAGCGUCAGCACAACCAGAUAUCAAGUAUAAAUGCGGCGGAGUCAGCCAUGAAUCUUUUCGCUAUGAAUCCACAGCCAAGGUCACCCUCACCAUCUUCUUCACAUCCUACCACUACAACUCUUCAAGGGUUUCCUAAUGCAGGAGGAGGGCAUUUCGGUCAAUUCAUAUGCGGAGGAGCAAGUAACACUGGGAACAACUUUACUAAUGAAAUCGGAGGGGUAAAUGUAAUUGAAGGGCAAGGUCUUUCAUUGUCCUUGUCAUCUUCUUUACAACAUUUAGAAGCAGCCAAAGUAGAGGAUCAAUUAAGAAUGAGUGGGGAAGAAAUGUUGUUUUUCAAUCAAGGAACAAGUGAAAAUCAUCAUCAUCAUCAAGUUCAUGUUGGUUUUGGAUCUUCACUAGGACUAGUGAAUGUAUUGAGAAAUUCCAAGUAUGCCAAAGCUGCACAAGAGUUGUUGGAAGAGUUUUGUAGUGUUGGGAGAAGCCAAUUAUUCAAGAAGAACAAAGUUUCCAGGAAUAACAACACAACAACAAGCUCUAACCCUAAUUCUAAUAACCCUAGUCGCAGUAAUAAUCAUAAUACUAAUUCAUCUUCUUCAAAGGAUCUCCCUCCUUUGUCAGCUGCAGAUAGGAUUGGGCACCAGAGAAGGAAGAUCAAACUUUUGUCCAUGUUUGAUGAGGUGGACAAAAGAUACAACCACUAUUGCGAACAAAUGCAGAUGGUAGUAAACUCAUUUGAUCUAGUGAUGGGUUUUGGAGCAGCAGCUCCAUACACAGCACUUGCACAGAAAGCCAUGUCUCGGCAUUUCAAGUGUCUAAAAGAUGCGAUAGCAGCGCAAUUGAAGCACAGCUGUGAGUUGCUGGGAGAAAAAGACACCACCACUUCGGGAUUGACUAAAGGAGAAACGCCGAGGCUUAAGCUGCUCGAAAAAAGCUUAAGGCAGCAGCAAACGGCAUUUCAUCAAAUGGGAAUGAUGGAUGCAGAAGCUUGGAGACCACAAAGAGGCUUGCCUGAACGCUCUGUCACCAUUUUAAGAGCUUGGCUUUUUGAGCAUUUCCUCCAUCCGUACCCAAGUGAUGCAGAUAAGCAUCUGUUAGCACGACAGACUGGUCUCUCCAGAAACCAGGUAUCAAACUGGUUCAUAAAUGCCAGGGUGCGGUUGUGGAAACCCAUGGUAGAAGAUAUGUAUCAAAAAGAGGCUAAAGAAGAGGAAGACGAUGAGAUGGAAAAGAGCCAAAACAGUAGCAAUAAUAUUGCACAAACACCAACGCCUAAUUCCUCUACCAAUACAAUAACCACAGGAACUGGAACAGAAACAAAAACAGCUGCCACUGUCGCAGCAACAAUAUUAACAGUUGCUUCAGACAAAAGAUCCGAAAUUAAUGUCCUAGAAAACGACCCUUCAAUUGUUGCAAUGAAUAGGCUUUGUUUCUCGGAAAACCAAGCACAACAUCAUGAGUCUUCCUCUAUGGCAACUCAUGAAAUGGCUCACAACAAUUUCCCGGCGAUUCAAGAUUCCGAUGACAUGUCCCGUCGGGAAGCUGUUUCCGGUGUUGAAUAUGGGACCACAAAUAUUAUGGCUAAUUCAGAUAAUGGAACAAGGGUGAUAAGAUUUGGGACCAGUGUUGCUGGUGACGUUUCACUCACCUUAGGACUGCACCAUGCAGGGAAUCUACCCGAGAAUAGUCAUUUUUUUGGUUAAGCUGAGAUUUUGAACGCUGCUCAUAAAUGAAUCAUGAUAUAUUAGCACCACAAUAAUUAAUUUAUACCAAAUUCUACUAUAGCAAACCAGAUUUUGGGGACACAUAAUUUUCUCUCUAGAUAAUGUUAUUUUGUCACACGCCUUUCAGAAGAUAUAAUGAGAAACAGUUACAUUAUCUUA